AAAAGUGGCUGUUACGUAAAAGCACAACUCCUGGCGGUGUGUAGCUUAUGAAUGUCGAGAAUGCGGUUUCAAAAAUUGGAGCUGCUCAAGAAAAUAUAUGGCCAUGGAAGCUUUGUUAGUGGAAUAUUUUACUAUCAAAAGUUAGAUAAGUUCCUCACGGUUUCUGAGGAUGGAACCGCGCGUAUCUGGGAAAACCGUGAAGGGGAUUUUUGGCCUUCUUAUUGUUAUAGUUUUCCCUCUCCUUGCAUUUGUUUGCACGUAGAGGAAGUUUUAAAAGAGGUGUUUGUCGGUUUGAAGACCGGAUUUAUAAUGCUUCUCAAAGUAAGUCAAGAUGUAAGUAAAUUCGAAUCAGUAAAGAGUAUCCACGCACAUUUUGACUCUGUGACACACAUAACCGUUGAUACUCACGAACAACUUUUACUCUCUUGUAGUUUUGAUUCCUUUUUCCAUGUCAGAAGAUUAUCUGAUCAGACUUUAAUAGAGCAGUGUAGCCUUCAAGCUGGAAUCACUUGUUUAAAAUUUGAUCCCGAAUUAAAAAUAUUCUUUCUGGGUACUGUUGAAGGAGACAUUGCUAUACUUAAGUAUGAAGGAAGUAAAUCUCCAAACUUUCAUAAAUAUAAAGGCCACGCGGGCAGCACUACCUGCCUGGAAUGGGACGGGGAAAAACAGCGACUAUUUUCUGGCGGGGAAGACCACAGAAUUGUGAUUUGGAAUUUCAAAGACGAAUACGGUUGUUUUUACGAAUUAAACUUGCAUUCGAAGGCAUUGCUCUCUUUAAUAUACUUUCCUUCAAGCAAUGAAUUGGUUUCAUUGGCUAAAGAUGAUAUUCUUUGUUUCUGGGAUUUGAGCGUCAAGCGUUUAGAGGCGCAGCGCUGGGAGAGCUCCCGUGCAUGCCAAGUUUGUGGUUCUCAAUUUUUCUGGACCUUUUCGUUUUCCUUAAAAAAAAAUCGGCAGCAUCACUGUAGAAAGUGCGGCAGAGCCGUUUGCUCCUCGUGUGCUUUACAGAAAAUUCCAUACCCCAUCGCUGGCUACGAAAACCCCGUUUAUAUCUGCAACGAGUGUUACUCUAAAAUAACAGCAGAAGAGAGGGCCUCCACUGCAAGCAAACUUUGCUUGUACGGCGCCCAUUUUCUUGUGUACAACGCAGAAAGUAAACUUUUCUUUUCUUCUAACUCCGAUUGCUCGUUUCGGAUUUAUUCUCUCUCUUUAGAUCAGCUUCAACAAUAAGUUUAUAGUAUAACCGAAGGAGGCCAAUAA